UCUCGAAUUUCUUCUCCCUUUCUCCCUCUUCCCCGACCUCCGGGACCCUCCCUUUCGCCCCGGCUCCCCGGGCCCCCGCGGGGGGCGUCUUGACGCUGCGCGGCCGCCGAGUUUCGAUGGAGCCUUGCUCUUGUCGCCCAGGCUGGAAUGCAGUGGCGUGAUCUCGGCUUGCUGCAACCUCCACCUCCUGGGUUCAAGUGAUUCUCCUGCCUCAUCCUCCUAAGUAGCUGGGACUACAGGUUGUUCCAGAAGAAACUUGGGAAACAAAAGACUAUGUUUGGAACACGAUGUGGAGAAAGCCAGAACUUAUUCAAACACUUCAGCAGCUGCAAAUUUCAAGAGCCUACUGUACUGAAGGCUGUUCUGCAGUUACAUUCCCCCCUGGGAGACAGUAAACUGGCCUUUCAGUUUGUACAUCAGCAUCUGGUGAUCUUGGUUAAUAUGAAUCAGUCCCCCUAGACCUGACCACUCCUGCACAAACUAAUAAGCUAAAAUCCAGGCCCUGUCCUUGUGGUGAUCUCCCCACCGGGGGAAACCUGUUCCUUGAAGACUUUUGUUACUUUCUCUCAGUUGGACCUCCCUCUCCUGCUUACUCCAGCUUUUGUGUGUUGGUGUCUGAGUCCUGUUUGGGAGCAGGGGCAAUAUUCAAAAUAUUUAACAACCUGUUCACCAUGGAGAUGCCUACUGGAAACCUUCUCUGGUCACCGCUACAGAGUGUGCUAUCCCUUCCUCAGGCCCAAGGUCCUAGCUCUAGGCCAGGCUGCUGGUCCCUAUCAGGUCUAGGAGCCUCCCUCCCGACUCCUGCUAAUCCCGGCUCAACUUCACCCCCGCUCCCCCUGCUCAAGGAGUGGAGGCCUGGCCGCGCUGUGGGAGGUGCUACAGCCCACGACCCUCCCCUGCUAGGCCCAGGCCACUGGGGGAAGAAUCUCAACUCCAGUUCUUCUCAGAUCCCCAGCAGCCUGCAGGAUGGCCACCAGCUCCACCUGCCCCCAGAAGCCCCCAGAAGUUUGGGAUGAGAGGGGCCGAUUAGUCAUUUGUCAAUGGGAUGUGGAAGAAAACAUUAGACUGGAUCUUGUAUUUAUCUUUAUUUCUCACAAAAAAUAAGAACUAGA